AUGCUGCCUGCGCGCAAACGUAUUUUCAAACGUUGGCUCGGUGUUCUCACGGUGCUGCUCGUGUUUCUGGCGAGCGACUCGCGCGCGUACACGGCGAAAGUGACAACGAAAUUCGGACGGGUCCACGGAUUCCUGAGGAACGCAGACUAUGGAAGGCAGAGACUCGUCGCGCACUACUACGGCAUCCCUUACGCUGAACCGCCUGUCGGCGAUCUCAGGUUCAGGAAUCCAAAGCCAUGGUACAAACACUUCACCACAGCGUUCGCGGCGAUGGAUGUUAUGCCCGUCUGUGUUCAGUUGGAUGAUAACAUGAACGUCGUUGGACAUGAGGACUGUCUCUACCUGAACGUUAACGUACCUGUGGUAAAUAUCUUUCUUUUCUCUUCUUCCUAUUUUUUUUUUUUUUUUUUUUUUUUAGGAUAAAAAAUACUAUGUAGAAUUAAUAAUACAAAUGUAA